AUGGAUAAAGCGCUGCGCGUCUGCGGGCACACACCUUCUACCACGUCGAUUAGAAUGACCGCACCAUCGCAUAGUCUAACAGCCGUUGAGACUUCAGAAGCAAAGUCUACGUGUCCUGGAGAGUCGAUCAGAUUGAUGACAAAGUCUCCACGGUUGACAAAGACGGUCAAAAAAGCCGCGAAACUCAUCAUCGAGAAAUAUUAUACCCGAUUGACCAAUGAUUUCCAUACAAACAAAAGAAUAUGCGAAGAAAUUGCUAUUAUCCCUAGUAAAUCUCUGAGAAAUAAAAUCGCUGGAUUUGUCACGCACUUGAUGAAGCGUCUCAGACACAGCCAAGUACGUGGCAUUUCCAUCAAACUCCAAGAAGAAGAGAGAGAACGCAGGGACAACUAUGUGCCUGAGGUGUCUGCUUUGGAGCAUGAUAUCAUCGAAAUUGAUCCAGAAACUAAAGAAAUGUUACAAAUGCUUGGUUUCAACAACAUCCCGGGCCUUCAACUGACGCAGUCACAAUUACCACCAUAUAGCAGGCAUUCUUAAAGUUCAUUUCAUCAUAUUAAAUAAGAUUAUUAGCAUUGCACUUUUCAAUAAAACUGCAAGCUGACAUUC